GAGGAGCAUAAAAUCAUGAGGUUGAGUAUCAGUCAGUGGAAAUUUAGUUCUACCGUUUAUUUUGGAGACACUUAGGGGAUAUCAACCAGAAAAAGCCAACUUUUUCUCUACCAGAAUCACUUCUCAGUAGAGACACAGAAACCAAUCGAGGAACCAUUUGAACUGAGAACAUACUUUAUAUAUCAAUCCCAAGAUGAGUGAGCAGGAGGUCACUUAUUCAACUGUGAGAUUUCAUAAGUCUGCAGGUUUGCAGAAAGAAGUGAGGCAUGAGGAGACUAAAGAGCCCAGAGAAGCUGGCUACAGAAGGUGUUCAGUCCCCUGGAAGUUCAUUGUGAUAGCUCUUGGAAUCCUCUGUUUCCUUCUUCUGGUAACUGUUUCAGUGUUGGCAAUAAAAAUUUUUCAGUAUGGUCAACAAAAAAACCUGCAGGAAAUUCUAAACCACUACAAUAACUGCAGCAACAUGCAAAGUGACAUCAACUUGAAGGAUGAACUGCUGAAAAAUAAGUCUAUAGAGUGUGAUCUUCUGGAAUCCCUCAACAGGGAUCAGAACAGAUUGUAUAAUAAAACCAAGGCUGUUUUAGAUUCCUUACAGCACACAGACAGAAGUGAUAAAGUAUACUGGUUCUGUUAUGGUAUGAAAUGUUAUUAUUUCGUCAUGGACAGAAAACCAUGGAGUAGGUGUAAACAGACCUGCCAGAAUGCCAGCUUAUCUCUUCUGAAGAUAGAUGAUGAGGAUGAACUGAAGUUCCUUAAACUCGUGGUUCCUUCAGACAGUUGCUGGAUUGGAUUGUCAUAUGAUAAUAAGAAAAAAGAUUGGGCAUGGAUUGACAACGGCCCAUCUAAACUUGCUUUGAACACAAGGAAAUACAUUAUAAGAGAUGGAGGAUGUAUGUUGUUAUCUAAAACAAGACUAGACAAUGGUAACUGUGAUCAAUCAUUCAUCUGUAUUUGUGGGAAGAGACUGGAUACCUUCCCUCAUUGACUCUCCAAUGAGUGUUAAAGGUAAAAAAAAAAGUGAAACUCUCAUUUGUUUCCUGUAAUAAUUCAUGACACCUUACAAACAAGUGUUUUGACCAUUGGACUUAGUCUGCAGUGCAAAGAGAGAGAGAAAAUCUGAAAGAUUUUGGGAAUAUUCUCUGAAACAUGGUAUGACAGAGCAGAGGACAUCUUCCUUCCUUGUGGAGACUGGACAGAUCUUCUCUGGUCCCCCAAAGCUUGGAUGAAUCUGUUUUAUUUGUUUGCAUAAACUCCAAUAGAAGUAAAUAAAGAACCUUAAUAACU